AUGACAUGUACGAUUCAACAGGAUAUUGAUAGGCUUUGCAGGCUCGUCGCGACAGUUGGUCCACGGGGCGGCGCCCUGAAGGUCACCCGCAAGGCUAUUCAGGAGGUUAAUGUGAGAAAAGCUUGCGAGACAAUCCUCCAGCCGGGCGCGCCCUUGGCCCUGCGUGUUCAGGGCAACCUGUUGUAUGGCGUGUCGCGGGUUUUUGCACAGCAGUGCGUCUAUGUCCUGGGCGAUGCGGAAAAGACCCGGACUGACAUGCAAAUGUUCUAUCAACUCCUCGCACAAAAUGACACCGACCCCAAGGCUGGUCUAGUUGAACGAAGACGAGAGCAGAUUUUACUUCCAGACGACCCGAGCUUUGUUCUAGACCCUGUCAUUCCCGCUUUCAACUUGAACGGGGGUGGCACUGCCUUCAACACAAGCCAGUCGUCUUCAAACAAAGAGUUCUCGCAACUCAGCCUUGUGAACAGCAGCAGCAUCCACAGCGGGCGGGCAGGCUCAAUCAUGAGUUUCAACCUAUCUCAAUCUGAUGGUGGCAGCCUCUUCCUGGCUUCUCCAUUCAGAGUCGAUUCAUCGGCUAAGAAAAACACACUCCAAGAACGGAUCGCCCCUCUGGAGCAAUCGAACGACCUGGAGGGCUCCAGCGACAUCAUGUUCGAUAUCGACGAUGAGGGCAAUAUCAUUGGCAUCGCAGAUCCCUUUGAGGAGCCCCGUCUCCCCGAACUCCUUCCCUACAAGAUUCAACAAGAUCAAUUCAUUAACAAUGACAUGGCCAUGGCCCAAGAGGAGAUUCCAGCUUUCGGCGACGAUAACCCACUUCAACCACCUCCUAACGAGAACGACGUCCCUGUGCUUGAAAAAGAGCCAGGUAACGCCAUGUCAGCCCAGCAGCAGCUCUAUUCACCUAUACCCCAGCUGAACCCAGAACAAGAGGAACCCAUCCCCGGCACCAAAGGGCCAAGUAAGAUCCGUACUGCUGGAACGCGUAGUUUCCUUGAUUCAAGUACGGUUAUUUCGAGACAAGAACAUUUGCGCAAUCAGGAUGAUUAUCUUCAGCGCAUGGCUAGGGAAAGAGCGAGCAAACCAAAGAUCAGCAUUGCAAAGGCAAGGACCAAUGCCUAUGCAGUAAGCUUCGGCCAGGGCAUACAUGGAAUCGGCCAAACUUCGGUGGCUCCUGAAUUCGUUCAUCCUCUCGCGCACUUGUUCGCAGGCGAUGCUCUUCGAAACUUGGUGUUUGGUAACCGAGAUCCUGAUCAUCAAGAUGAACGCUCGCCAACGCCCUCUGACAUCGAAAAAAGCCGUCGAAGGUCUGCGACCCAAGCUUUCGAUAACGAUUUGGAAGACAAUGCCAACGAGAGGCGCGUCCGGCCUCGACUUAGUGAAGAGACCCAAGAGCCCACCCAGGGUCAACAGGACGCGGACAUGGGCUUCGUCGUUGACAACGAUGAUGAACUUCCGCCUGAAGUGGGACUGGGAGAACAAGAGCACUUUGAAGACCGCAUGUCAUCUUUAAUGGUGCCCUGGAACCGUACACCGAGCAUUCAUCGUCCAUCCUCUGUUGGCGUCUUCGGCUCAAAGCAGUGGAGCACUGGUAGUCGUCAGCCCACACUCAGCCCCAAAGUCAGCACUCGACCCUUCAAACGACGCAGCGGAAUCGGCUUAGAAAACCACGGAUCUGAACUUGUUGGCGAGUGGGGAUAUUCUCAGGACCCAUCCAUUGAUGAGGAAGUUGGUGCUGCCUUCACUGUUAACCCACAUUGGAUGCGCAGUACACUCGAUGUCGACAGCGAAUGCUUUCUGCGGUACUCCUUAACGCAGGCUGAAAGAACCGGACGGGCCAGGAGUUGUGAUGGCGAGGAAUCGUCGCGUCGGUGGGUCGAAUUCGAGGAGCUCGCUCGUCCGGAAGAGCACUCCAAGGCAAUCGCCGCGCAAGCAUUCUACCAUAUCUUAACUUUGCGCACCAAAGGUAUGCUUGCACUGCAACAGGAGUGGGAGAACACCCGGCCAUUCGGCAUCAUCCGUAUCGGUGUCGAGGUCCCAAAAAGAGACGAACAUGCUGUUGAGGAGUCGGUCGAGGGCCAAGACGCCUCAAUGAACAGCCACACCAACUAG